AGUGUUCCCAGGAACCAGAAACCACUAAGUUCCCAGGAACCAGAAACUACUAAGUGCCUGCCUCUUGGCGGCUGUGCCACCAGACACAGGUCCGCCGCAGACCUUUCCAGCUGUAACUUGCAUCUCCCAAAUAUAACCCCUGUCAAUUGUGGAAGGGGAGUGGCAGCGUCCUGGUGCAGCCACAAGGUCAGCUCUGUCCCAGAUGUAGGUGUGGGCUUGCCACAAGCGUCCUGGGGUGGAGGUGAGGUGGAGGGGGGCGGCUCCCGCCGCGAGGCGGGUCCAGAGCCAAGAGAGGAUAAAAGGCAGAACCAAACUCUAGAGUCCUCACGUGCUGCUCCGGCUCCCGCGUGGCGUUCUCAGCAUCCAGUCUUCUGCGUCUGCAGGGUAUCAGAAGAACAGAUGCUGUCCCUUGGGAUGCUAAAACAGGUAGUCAGCAGGACAGCACGGAGCAAAGCCUCUAGCUGCCGGAAGCUUGUCUUGCCCUUGCAGUUUCUAGGCACCGCCCAUCACCGAAUCCCAGCAGAUGCCAACUUCCACUCCACCUCAUUCUCAGAAGCAGAGCCUCCUCGGGUCUUGAUCACAGGGGGUCUUGGCCAGCUGGGAGUAGGACUUGCUAACCUCUUGAGGAAACGAUUUGGGAAAGACAAUGUGAUUCUAUCAGACAUAAAGAAGCCCCCUGCUCAUGUCUUCCAUAGUGGCCCGUUUGUUUAUGCCAACGUCUUGGAUUACAAGAACCUUCGUGAGAUUGUGGUGAACCACCGUAUCAGCUGGCUGUUUCACUACAGUGCCCUGCUAAGUGCCGUGGGAGAAGCGAAUGUGUCCUUGGCCAGAGAUGUGAAUAUAACUGGACUGCAUAACAUUCUAGAUGUUGCAGCCGAAUACAAUGUGAGAUUGUUUGUGCCCAGUACGAUUGGAGCCUUUGGACCUACCUCUCCUCGAAACCCUGCACCUGAUCUCUGUAUUCAAAGGCCUACGACCAUCUAUGGAGUAUCCAAGGUCCAUACGGAGCUCAUGGGAGAAUACUAUUAUUACCGGUACGGGUUAGAUUUCCGGUGCCUGAGAUAUCCUGGAAUCAUUUCUGCAGAUUCCCAGCUUGGAGGAGGAACAACUGACUACGCAGUCCAGAUGUUCCAUGCUGCAGCAAAAACUGGCACAUUUGAGAGCAACCUUGAGGCCAGCACCAGGCUCCCGAUGAUGUACAUCAGUGACUGCCUCAGGGCCACCCUGGAAGUCAUGGAAGCCCCUGCGGAGCGCCUGUCCAUGAGGACCUACAACAUUGGCGCCAUGAGCUUCACCCCCGAAGAGCUGGCCCAGGCGCUUCGCAAGCACGCGCCUAACUUCCAGAUCACCUACUGCGUGGAUCCCCUUCGACAGGCUAUAGCUGAGAGCUGGCCCAUGAUUCUAGAUGACAGCAAUGCUCGGAAGGACUGGGGCUGGAAGCAUGACUUUGAUCUUCCAGAGUUGGUGGCUACGAUGCUCAACUUCCACGGAGUCAGCACCAGAGUUGCCCAAGUGAACUGAAAGAGGAGCAGCCCCCACAUCCUCAAAGUGCAAGGGACAUGGCAGUCUCUAAGUUGGAGAACAGAACUGAAUUCUAGCUGCUCACAUGGAACUGCAGGGAGGGGUUGGAGUUCCUUUACACAUUGCCUUUGUUGUGAGCCUAAAAUGGUACAAGCACAAAUGCCAGAGAAGUGAAGUCCUAAGUGGUGGUGGCUAUCUCAUGGAAUUUGCAGCAUUUGUAUUUAAUUAAAUUCAAUUUAAACAUCACUCCUGAGACUUAUUCUCUUGACCAGAGACCAAAGAUUACUUUACAUAUUAAGGGUUUUCAAAGAUGUUCUUCAUGUUCAAGACUAGGAUACUUC